AUGAUGAUGAAUCAAAUACCGCCGCCAUCAACAGCACAACAACAACAACAACAAACAAUGUACAUGUCGAAUUCGGCAGUUAUGGAUAAUCCGAUGAUGUCAACUCCAACAAACCCACCCUCAACAUCUAUGAUGAUGAAUAGUUCUCAAUUGAAUCUAUUCAGUCAUCAAAUUAGUGCAUAUAAAUACCUUGUUCGUAAUCAACCUGUACCUGAACAACAUCUAAUACACAUUCGACGACAUCAACAACAAUUCUACCCUCCGAAUGCUGUUAUUUCCAAACAGCCAUCUAGUCUAUCACCAAAUCCAUCAACAAUGAUGGAUUCUCGCUAUAAACCACCAAUGACAAAUAAUCUUGUUCCACGUUAUUAUCCACCCGCGCAAGUUAAUGGUACAGCUAGUUAUUCGACUGCAUCGAAUACAACGCCAUCGAUAACGGAAAACUCAAAUACUUCAUCGUCGAAUCGAUUGAACAAUCUUCGCGUGACGUCCAUAUCGAAACCAAUUGGCAUUGAUGUUCAAGAAGUUAUACUUGAACGUGAUGCACGUAUCCAAAAUAAUGUUCAAGCACGUAUUAAUGAUUUAGAAAAAUUUCUACAAACAGUUACUCAAGAACAUAUUCGUACGAGAAUCAUGAUUGAAUUGAAAGCUUUGAAAUUAUUGAAUUUUCAACGGCAAGUUCGCUCGGAAAUUGUCACCUGCAUGCGUUUGGAUGCAACAUUAGAAACAGGAACGAAUCCACGCUUUUACAAACGUCCGAAACAAUUUGGUCUACGCGAUGCUCGUGCAACUGAAAAACUAGAAAAACAACAAAAAGCUGAAAUUGAUCGUAAACGUCGACAGAAGCAUCAAGAAUAUCUCUCAGCUAUAUUAAAUGUUGCGCGAGAGUUUAAAGAAUUUCACAAAGGUAUACAAGCCAAGACAAAUAAAUUAGGUCGAUCAAUUAUCAACUGGCAUCAAAAUACUGAACGUGAACAAAAGAAAGAGCAAGAGAAGCGUGAACGUGACCGUAUACGUCAUUUGAUGAAUGAAGAUGAAGAUGGUUAUCGAAAAUUAAUCGAUGAAAAGAAAGACAAACGUUUAGCUUAUUUACUAUCUCAAACCGAUGCCUACAUAACAAGUUUAGUCAACCUUGUUAAGGAACAUCAGAAUGAUUUGAAGAAGAAAAAGCAAGAAAAGAAACAAAUGAAUUAUUCAGCUGAUGCAAAAGAUCAUUUGUAUGUGAAAGUCAAAAAUACAACAACAGGUGAAAUCAAAGAUGGACCUGAUGCGCCACUCGAAUCCGAACUUGAAGCUUGGUUAGAGAAAAAUCCUGGAUGGCAGGCUGUGCCGAGAGAAACAAGCGACGACGAAGAUGAUGAAGCAUCACGAGAUGUAGCCGCACGCUUACCGGAAACAACCAUUUCAAUCCCAGCACCAACUCCUGAUGAACAAGAGAAAGGUGUCGUUGAAGACGAAAAGGUUGUCAAAGAAGUUCUAACAAAAGCCAAACAAGCGACAGAGGAUGAUGAAUACCAUACAGCAUCAACGGAUUCGUACUACGCAGUUGCACAUCGUGUCCGAGAACGCGUGACAAAACAAUCGGCACUACUUGUUGGGGGCAUUCUCAAACCUUAUCAAAUCCAAGGUUUAGAGUGGCUUGUUUCCCUGUACAAUAACAAUCUCAAUGGCAUUCUUGCUGAUGAGAUGGGUCUUGGAAAAACUAUUCAAACAAUUGCUCUUAUUACUUAUCUAAUGGAAGUCAAAAAAGUCAACGGACCUUAUCUAAUCAUUGUACCUUUAUCAACAUUACCCAAUUGGGUUAAUGAAUUUGAAAAAUGGUCACCAGCUGUUUCGACAAUAAUUUUCAAAGGUAAUCCGCAAGUACGCAAAUCACUGGGUUAUACAUUACGCAAUGGCAAAUUCAAUGUUUUAUUAACAACUUACGAGUAUAUUAUCAAAGACAAAGCACUUCUAGCAAAAAUCAAAUGGCGUUAUAUGAUUAUCGAUGAAGGUCAUCGAAUGAAAAAUCAUCAUUGUAAAUUAACACAAAUACUUAACACAUAUUAUAUCGCACCUCACCGUUUACUACUAACUGGUACACCAUUACAAAAUAAACUACCUGAACUAUGGGCUCUACUAAAUUUUCUUUUACCAUCGAUUUUCAAAUCCUGCACAACAUUUGAACAAUGGUUCAAUGCACCAUUUGCAACGACAUGCGAAAAGGUUGAACUCAAUCCGGAAGAAACUUUACUUAUUAUUCGACGUUUACAUAAAGUUCUACGACCAUUUCUCUUACGUCGUCUGAAAAAAGAAGUCGAAUCUCAACUGCCAGAUAAAAUUGAAUAUGUCAUUAAAUGUGAUAUGUCUGCAUUACAAAGAGUUAUGUACAAUCACAUGCAGACUAGUGGCAUCGUUUUAACAGAGGAUAAAAAUGGUAAAGGCAGCAAUCCAAAAGCAUUAAUGAAUACUAUCAUGCAGUUGCGUAAAAUCUGUAACCAUCCAUUUAUGUUCAAUGAGUUGGAAGAGAAAAUUGGUCAACAUUUUAAUUACGUCAACGGUGUUUGCAAUGGACCGGAUUUGUAUCGUGCGUCCGGUAAAUUUGAACUACUCGAUCGUAUAUUGCCAAAAUUAAAAGCAACAAAUCAUCGUGUUUUAUUAUUUUGUCAAAUGACAUCAUUAAUGACAAUCAUGGAAGAUUAUUUUGCUUACAAAAAUUUCACUUAUUUGCGUCUCGAUGGGCAAACAAAAUCGGAAGAACGUGGCGAUUUACUAGCAAAAUUUAGCGAGGCCAAUUCAGAUAUCUUCAUUUUCCUGUUAUCAACACGUGCAGGUGGUCUUGGUUUGAAUUUACAAAAAGCCGAUACAGUCAUCAUCUUCGAUUCCGAUUGGAAUCCUCAUCAGGAUUUACAAGCACAAGAUCGUGCACAUCGUAUAGGUCAAGUCAAUGAAGUUCGUGUUCUUCGAUUGAUGACAGUCAAUAGUGUCGAAGAGAAAAUCUUAGCUGCUGCACGAUAUAAACUAAAUGUCGAUGAGAAAGUUAUUCAAGCUGGAAUGUUCAAUAAUAAAUCAACUGGCAACGAACGACGGCAAUUUCUCCAACAGAUCCUUUUGCAAGAGUCUGAAGAAGGUGAUGAGGAAGAAGAUGAAGUACCGGACGAUGAAGUCAUCAAUCAAAUGAUCGCACGAUCAGAAGACGAAUACAAUCAAUUCAAUCGAAUGGAUCGUGAACGACGUCAUGCGGAAGCUCGAAUGUCAAAUCGUAAAGCUCGUCUUGUUGAAAUGUCUGAACUACCUGCGUGGUUGACAAAGGAUCCUAAAGAACUCGAGAAAACCAUUCUCGACCAAGAAACUCUAGAUUUAUUCGGACGUGGAACUCGACAACGCAAAGAAGUCGAUUAUUCCGACUCAUUAACAGAUAAAGAAUGGCUUAGGGCAAUUGAAGACGGAACAUUAGGCACAUCGGAUCAAGAGAAAAAACGUCGUCGAGGAAAACGAAAUGUCACACGUGAUAUUGACUUCGAUGACGACGAUGAUGGUCAACAUGAUGAAACAGAUAGUAAACAGGAUGAUGAUGCUGACGUAACGAUUUCGAAAUCAGGCCGACGUGUCGGUAAACGAAAAUUAAAGGAAACGAAUAAGAAAUAUUCCGAUGAUCCAAUUUCACCGAAAUUAUUUAAACAACUGUCAACAUUAUUAGAUUUUGUUAUCAAAUAUCGAGACAACGAGGACAAUCGAGUAUUGAGUAAACCAUUUAUGCGUUUACCAACACAAAAAGAAUUACCGGAAUAUUAUGAAACAAUCAAACAACCAGUUGAUUUCAAUAAAAUCAAAAAAAAACUUAGUGAACAUCGAUAUCGAAGUUUAGAUGAACUUGAAGCAGAUGUUAUGCUGUUAUGUAAAAAUGCCCAAGAAUUUAAUAUGGAAAACUCAAACAUUUACGAAGAUUCAAUCAUCCUUCAAUCAGUAUUUACAAAUGCGCGAGAACGAUUGGAAAAAGGCGAUAUUCCAAUUAGUUCCAAUUCAGAAGAAGAAUCAGAUGAUGAUGAACCAUUGAAAAAACGUGUUAAAAAAGAAACGAAUACUAAGAAGAAAUGUCAAACGCGUACAUCUGGUAAUGGCAGUAAUAGUACCAAUAGUCGACGAAAGACUCGUGUCAUGAGUGAUGACGAAGAUCUAAUGAUGGAUGAAACGAACCAAUCAUCGAACGGCGGUGGUGGUGGUGGAGAUGAUGAUGAUGAAGGAACACGUGGCUCUGGUUCUCGUCAAAAAUAA